CAUUGUUCAAACGCGCGAGAUUGCGUUAGGCACUUAAUCAUGACCCUCAUCAAACGUAUUGCAUCUUUCAUUGUUUUUGUCGUCCUUCACUUUGGCAGUAUCCAAUGCAUAACACCUUACGAAGAAAUUAUUCAAUAUAAAGAGGAAUACGCUCUUCCAGAGUUGCCGUACAGCUAUGAUGGUUUGGAACCUUUCAUCGAUGAAGCGACAGUGAGGGUGCAUCACUUAGGUCACCACGCAGCUUACACGAAAAAGCUAAAUGCAGCCUUGAAGAGCUGGAGAGAAUCGGGAAACAUUUCGCAGUUGUCUUCAAAACCCAUUGUGACUAUUCUGAAUAAUCUUGAUCUUGUACCUGAUCAGUGGCAGCUGGCAGUAAGGAAUAAUGGUGGAGGGUAUGUGAACCAUGCUCUUUACUGGGCAAUCAUGUCUCCAAAUCCUAACAAUGAAGAGCGAAAGCCAUCCGGCAAGGUAGCCCAGAUGAUAGAUGAAUCCUUUGGAAGUUACUCUAACUUUCAAUCAGUGUUUGAGAAGGCUGCCUUGAACCUGUUUGGAUCAGGGUAUGCAUGGUUGUGCCUUGAUGUUGAAGAGACCAGGCUCAAAAUCAGCGGAACAAAAAAUCAAGAUAGUCCGUUGAAUGAGAAAGGCUUAAUGCCUAUCCUGGUCAUUGAUGUUUGGGAACAUGCUUAUUAUCUGAAGCAUCAGAAUCGCAGGGCAGCAUAUGUACAGAUAUUUUGGAAUGUUAUCAACUGGGAUGCUGUCAGUGAGCUUUUAGAGUGGUGGCCUCAGGAAGCUAAACAUGAAGAACUGUGAAGGCAACUUUGACCGGUGAUGUUAUUAUGAAAGCAAUCUCCACAGUAAUGAACCCUACUUGAACAGCAGUGGAGAAAAUUCAGGCAUGUAUGGAAUUUGAACCUAUUCCUCUAGGAUACCGGUUCAGUGCUCUACCAACUGAGCUAACAAGUCAACUGGGAGCUGGUUGCUCAGUUGGUAGAGCACUGCACAGGUAUCGUAGAGGUCAUGGGUUCAAAUUUUGUACAAGCCUGAAGUUUUU